UUGAGUGACUACCGAAACAACGAUAUCCGCAAUUUGGCCAUCAUAGCCCACGUCGAUCACGGCAAGACAACGCUGGUUGAUGCGUUGUUGAAACAGGGCAAAGUGUUCCGCGACCACCAGCAGGUCGGUGAGUUGAUCAUGGACACCAACCCGCUGGAGCGGGAGCGGGGCAUCACGAUCCUGGCCAAAAAUGCCUCGGUUUCCUUCAACGGCGUUCGCAUCAACAUCAUCGACACGCCGGGCCAUGCUGAUUUCAGCGGCGAGGUGGAACGGGUGAUGAACAUGGCCGACGGCUGCCUGCUGCUAGUGGAUGCCGUGGACGGCCCCAUGCCCCAGACGACUUACGUGCUGCGCCAGGCGCUGCAACAGAACGUGACCCCCAUGGUGGUAAUCAACAAGGUUGAUCGCCCCGAGGCCAGGAUUGCCGAAGUGGUAGGCCUAGUCCAGGAUUUGUUCCUGGAACUCGCGACCAAGUCCGAGCAACUCGAUUAUCCGGUGUUGUACACUUCAGCCCGCGAGGGCUACGCAUCCGCCGACCCGGACGUUCGGGGGACGGAUAUGCAGCCUCUUUUUGAGGCGGUCCUCGAUUCGGUGCCAGCGCCUACCGGGGAUCCGGAUGCUCCGCUGCAAAUGCUGGUCGCGGCGCUGGACUACAACAAUUACAUGGGUCAGGUGGCCGUGGGCCGCAUCACCAACGGUACGCUCAAGCUGCGCGACGACGUGGCUUUGAUGACCCGAAAUGGCGAACCCACCAUUCACAACCUGGAACGCAUCUGCGUGUUCCGCGGCAUGGAACGGGUGGAAGUAGAGGAAGCCUAUGCCGGGGACGUGGUGGCGGUUACUGGCCCAGAGGGGGUUUCGAUAGGCGACACCAUAGCCUGUCGCGAAAACCCGGUGGCCCUGCCGUCUAUCGACAUUAAUGAACCGACCGUGCGGAUGACAUUCGGCGUCAGCACGUCGCCAUUCAUGGGCAAGGAAGGUUCGCACUGCACGUCCCGCAAUUUGUACGAGCGGCUCAUGCGUGAGCUACGAACCAACGUCAGCAUGCGGGUCGAAGCCACUCCCAGUCCGGAUGUGUUCGUGGUGGCCGGACGGGGAGAGUUGCACCUUUCCAUUCUGGUCGAGACCAUGCGUCGCGAGCAGUACGAAUUCCAGGUGUCCCGUCCUGCGCCGAUUACCAAAGUCCUUGACGAUAAAAUCCACGAGCCAUUCGAGAUUCUCAAUUUGACCACCCGAGAAGAGUACGUGGGGGCGCUGACUGAAUACCUGUCCGGGCACCUGGGCCAGAUGCGGGAUAUGCGGUACGACGAGAACGGCUACGUUCACAUGGAGUACAAGAUACCCACGCGCGGGCUGAUUGGGUUCAACGCAUUUUUCCUGCGGACAACCCGUGGCGACGGCGUGAAGAACAGCAUUUUCACGUCCUAUGAACCAAUGGAAGGCGAAAUAAAAUCCCAGCGUAGCGGUGUAUUGGUAGCCUCCGAGGGCGGGCCGGCCGUUACCUACGGGCUCCUCAACGCCCAGGGCCGUGGCGACACCUUCAUCGAUCCUGGCACCAUGGUCUACGCAGGAAUGAUCGUCGGCAGCCAGCGUCGGGACGGCGAUAUCGAGGUAAACGUCUGCAAGGAAAAGAAGCUGACCAACAUGCGCUCGUCAACGGCAGACGUGGCCAAACGGCUGAACGCUACCAUCCGGAUGAGCCUGGAGGAGGCCCUGGCGUUUAUCGACGACGAUGAGUUGGUUGAGGUAACGCCUCAGAACCUGCGCCUGCGCAAGAUGGAACUGUCCGCCCGGGGCCGCAAACGCCAGCGCCGCGACGGGGCCCACGCCUGA